AUGAAUGAAUGGACGAAAAUUUCGGGAAUCUUAUUAUUCUGGCUUUUACCAUUGAGCCAGUGCAGUCGGGACGCUAGCCGACUCUUUGAGGAUCUCCUGGCUGAUUACAAUAAGCUUGUAAGGCCUGUUGAAAAUGAUAGCGACACGCUGAUCGUACGAUUCAAGCUAAAACUCUCGCAGCUUCUCGAUGUGGUAUGCAUAUUUUCUGUUAUAGAAGCGUAUGUUGCAUUUAAACACUGGACAGACUAUAAAUUGAAAUGGAAUCCAGCAGACUACGGUGGAGUGAACGUAUUAUACGUACCUUCUGAUAUGAUAUGGUUACCCGACAUUGUGCUCUACAACAACGCCGACGGAAAUUAUCAAGUGUCGAUAAUGACGAAGGCGAAGUUAUCACCAAAUGGUACUGUGGAGUGGUCACCUCCUGCCAUCUAUAAAAGCAUGUGCCAAAUUGAUGUUGAAUGGUUCCCAUUCGAUGUGCAAACCUGCGAAAUGAAAUUUGGUUCCUGGACUUAUGGUGGUUUGGAAGUGGAUCUGCAACACAAAGAUUCACAUAUUGAGCGAACGGAAACAGAAACUGUACUUGGCUUUGAUGGUGAAUACGACGAGACUAUUUGGGUAGUCGAUGAAGGGAUAGAUUUAAGUGAUUAUUAUCCAAGUGUUGAAUGGGAUGUUCUCGGCGUUCCAGGGAAGCGCCAUCUCAAAAGAUAUCCAUGCUGUGAAUCGCCUUUCAUUGACUUGACUUAUGAAAUACGUUUGCGUCGCAAAACACUCUUCUACAUCGUCUAUCUGAUAUUUCCAAUUGUGAGCAUCAACUUCCUGACAGUGCUCGUUUUCUAUUUGCCCUCGGAUGGUGGCGAAAAGAUUUCACUGUGUCUGAAUAUACUAAUUUCGCUCACAAUAUUUUUUCUACUGCUUGUGGAAAUCAUUCCAUCGACCUCGCUCGUCAUACCUCUCAUUGGUAAAUAUCUUUUAUUCACAAUGGUACUUGUAACCUUAUCUGUCAUUGUCACCGUCAUAACACUGAAUGUGCAUUUCCGCUCCCCAGCAACCCAUACAAUGCCGGAAUGGGCCAAAGUAUUCUUCACGGAUUUGCUGCCGAAGUAUCUGCUAAUGAGACGACCGCUACCAGCGAAAAUUAGCAAAGGCAGUUCCAGCAGCACGAGUCACGAUGGGAGCAGUUUCACGAGCUUCCAGAAAGAAUUUACACCAGCGAUGAGUGCCGUGGACAGCGUGUCAUUUAUCGCCGAUCAAAUGAAAGAUGAUAAAGACGGCCAGCAGGUGAUUGAAGACUGGAAGUAUAUAUCGGUGGUGAUGGAUCGUCUGUUUCUGAUACUUUUCACAACAGCGUGUGUUAUUGGAAGUAUCGUGAUUAUUCUGAGGGCGCCAAGCAUUUACGACACUACCGUUGCUCUCGCCUGA